CAUUUCUUGACUAGUCUCCGCCUUUUAUGCUCUUUUGCAGAAAACACGCAAUUCUCAGUUUUCAUUCUCCGUUCUCUCAACUCUUUCUACUGCUGAAUCCUCAUGCUUUAUUCACCAAAAAAAAGAAAAAAUAAUUCCUCAAAAUUUUCCUGUAGGUUUUCGGCUCUUUUGAUAUUAGUACUCAAAGUAAGGAUAGGAAGAAGCUGUAGCCGAUCUAUCUUUUGAUAUCUAAGACAAGGACACAGAAAUCAUGUGCCACAGCCCAGAGGCGCACAAUCAGGACCCAGGGACCGCAGAAUGGAGACCAGCUGGCCGUGCUUUAGUCGUCCUUUAGUUUGUCAACAUGUUCCCAUUUGUUUACGACUCUUGGCUGUUCAUACUCUUUUAUAGAAAACACGCAAUUCUGAGUUUUGAUUCUCUGUUCUCUCAAACUGCCAUCUCCUAAACUCUUUCAACUGCUGAAUCCUCAAGCUUUAUUCACCAAAAAAAGAAAAAAGAAUUCCUUAAAAUUUGUCUGUAGGUUCUCUGUUCUUUUGGCUUCACUACUCAAAGUGAGGAUAGGAAGAAGCUGUAGCCGAACAAUCUUUUGAUAUCUAAGAGAACGACAGAGGUAUGUUUGUUUAAACCCAUUUCCACUGUUUUCAUCUCUGAUUAUUUGAUUUAUAUUAUUUUUUUAUUUUGGGUUUUGAAUAUUACUGUUCAUAUUGUUUUAGGUUUUGUCAGGGAGCGUUCUUCCGAUUAAAAAAAAAAAACAGAAAAAAAAAUAUGGAGGCUUGUAUUUCCAUUGUUGGAUCCAUUCUUGGCUCUCUUGCUGGGAAAGCGGUGGAAUACACAGUUGAUCCCAUUGCACGACAAGUUAGUUACUUGUUCAAGCAUAAGAGCAAGUUUCAAAACCUCAGGGAUCAACUUAAAAAACUGAAGAUUGCAAGAGAAAGUGUGCAAGAGGAUGUUAAUGCGGCUACGAGACAGGGAAAGGAGAUAUUUAGCUAUGUGGAUGAGUGGUUGACUAAGGUCAGAGGGAUCUGUGACGAGGCUGCUGGGCAAUUGGAUGAAGAUGAAGAGAAAGCAAAGCAGAUGUGUUUCGUUGGGUUGUGUCCUAAUUUUAAGUCUCGUUACCAACUCAGUAGAAAAGCUGAGAAAGAGGCCAACACCAUUGCUGAACUCUUGAAAGAUAAAGACCGAUUUGGUGGAGUUUCAUACAGACCUGCUCCAGAAGGGAUAGCUAGUAGACCUGUCAGAGAGUACGAGGACUUUGAGUCAAGAACGGGUGCUUUCGAUGCGGUCAUGGAGGCGCUUAAAGAUGCUAAUUUGAGCAUAAUUGGUGUUUACGGGAUGGGGGGUGUGGGUAAAACCACACUAGUUAAACAAGUUGCUAGACAAGCCAAGGAUGAUUUGUUUGAUAAGGUGGUCAUGGCAGCCGUAACCCAGAGUUUUGACAUCAAGAAAAUUCAAGAACUGAUUGCAGAUGAAUUGGGUCUGAAGUUUGAAAUGCAGAGUGAGCCCGGGAGAGCAGGCGAACUGCGUAACAGACUAAAGAAAAGCAAGGUUCUUGUUAUUUUGGAUGAUAUUUGGGAGAAAUUGGAUAUGGAGGCUCUGGGAGUUCCUUACGGAGGUGAACACCAAGGAUGCAAGAUCUUACUGACGUCUAGAAAGGUUGAUGCUUUAUCUUUGAUGGGUUCGCUGAAAAACAUUCCAAUUGAAAUAUUGAAAGAAGAAGAAGCAUGGAACCUGUUUAAGAAGAAGGCAGGUGAUAUUGUUCUAAGCCCUGACUUGGAAACUACGGCAAUUGAAGUGGCCAAUGAAUGUGCUGGAUUGCCGAUUGCCAUUGUAACAGUUGGGGAAGCUAUGAAAAAUAAGAAGAAUCUGUCUGAUUGGAAGUAUGCCUUGAAUGAACUAAGAAAUCCCUCUAAAAGAAACUUCAAGGGGAUACCAGCAGGUGCAUAUUCAGCUAUAGAGUUGAGUUACAAGUUUUUAGAAGAUGAGGAACAUCGACCUACUUUCCUACUCUGUAGCAUAAUGGGCCAUGAUGCUGCCAUCGACCGCUUGUUGAGAUAUGGCAUGGGUUUGGGUUUAUUUCAUGCAGUUAAUACAAUCAAAGAAGCACGAUAUAAAGUAUCCGCAUUGGUUAACAACCUGAAAAGCUCUUCUUUGUUACUUGAUGGUUCUACCUUUGAGCGCUUUGAUAUGCAUGACGUUGUUUGUGAUGUUGCCUUAUCGAUCGCUUCGAGAGACCACCAUUGGCUUGCUCUAGGAAGGGAUGAUGAUGAUGUAUUCAAAGAGUUGUCAAAUGAGGAAAAAAUGAGAAAUUGCGAACUGAUCAGCUUGCAGUAUGCUAAGGUUUGUGAACCUUCUGAUCAUGAUCGGUUGGAAUGUCCAAAUCUUACCUUUGUCUCUUUGGGUAGUGAGGAUUCCUCUUUGAAAAUUUCAGACAACUUCUUUAGGGGAAUGCAAAAACUCAGAGUCUUAGAUUUUGCCAAACUUGAUUUUCCAUCCUUGCCUUCGUCAUUUUGUUUCCUAAAAAAUCUCCGUACUUUAUGUUUUUCUGACUGCAUUUUAAAAGAUAUAGUCAUCAUUGAAGAGUUAAAGAAUUUAGAAAUCCUUAGCUUCCGAAAAUCUAAAAUUGCAGUGCUACCACCCCAAAUAGGACAAUUGAUCAAGCUAAAAUUGCUAGAUUUGAGUCAUUGUUCCAGUCUUAAAGUAAUAUCACCAAAUGUCUUGUCUCGUUUAUCCAGAUUAGAAGAAUUAUACCUACUUCAUAGCUUUGAUAGAUGGGAGGUUGAGGGACAUGAGAAGCCAAGAACCAAUGCUAGCCUUGUUGAGUUGCAACAUUUGUGUCGUUUGACAACUUUGGAAGUACAUAUUCCUGAUCUGCAAGGUGUGCCAAAGGAAUUGUUUUCUGAAAAGUUUGAAAGAUACAAAAUUUCCAUUGGAGAGAAGUGGCGGCAGUCUUAUAAGUCAAAAACCUCGAGAGAGUUGAAACUCAAGUUGAAUAAGAGUAUUUAUUUGGACGAUAGUGGGGUUAAAACGUUGUUGAGAAAAACCGAAACUCUCCAUCUGGAUGCAGGGAAAGAUGUCAUAGACAUGCUUUAUGAUCCAGAUACCCAAGGUUUCCCACAUUUAAAACAUCUUGAUGUCUGCAAUGAUUCAGAGGUUAAAUAUCUAAUCAAGGAGUUGGCUUCUUGUAAAGCAUUUCCUCUUUUGGAGACAUUGUUUCUUCGUAAACUGAACAAUUUGGAGGCCAUAUAUUAUGGUCAACUCCAAGCUGAAUGUUUUGGUCAACUAAGAAAGAUAAAUGUUGAAGAUUGUAAUAUGUUGAAGAAUUUGUUCUCAUUCACCUUAGCCAGAAAGCUCGGCCACCUUCAAAAAAUUCGUGUAUCUGAUUGCAAGAAUUUCACGGAGUUAAUUGUAGAAAAGAGGGAGGAAGAGAUUGGUGAUGAUGACAUUUUAGAAUUCAGCCAAUUACGCUCUUUAAGGUUAGAAGAUCUACCAAGUUUCAUUGGCUUGUUUAACUCAGAAAAAAAGCUUUCCUCGUCUCAACAAGGAAGAGUUCAAUCAAUUGAUGGAAGUUCAACUGCCACAGCACUUUUUGACCGAAAGGUCGUGUUCCCAUGCUUAAAGGAGUUGCGGUUAGAUUCAAUCAUAGUUGAAAAAUUAUGGCAUGAUCAGCUUUCAGUAACGGCUUUUGGUGUUGGAAAUUUAACGGAAUUGACUGUUGAGAAAUGUCAUAAUUUGAAGAAUCUAUUUACUUCUUCUAUGGUUGAAAGCUUCGUGCAACUGAAAUCACUUUAUAUUAGGAAUUGUAAUGAAAUUGAAGAGGUAAUAACAGUGACAGAAGGAUUACUGGAAGAAGAAAGGAUGAGGAAAAUGGUGUUUCCUAAACUAGACAAUUUGCACCUCUUCAAUCUUCCCAAUCUCAAAAGAUUUUGUUGUGGAAAUCCAAUUGAAUUCCUCUCUUUAAAGGAACUAUGGAUUCUUGGAUGUCCAGUUUUGAACACAUUUCAUUCUGAUUCUACAAGUGUGGGUACAAUUGUUGGAAAUGAAGCAGGAAAGAAUAGCAUCUCAAUGGUGAAACACUGCACUGAUGUACCAAAAUAUCUAUUCGAUGAAAAGGUUGUGUUCCCAGGCUUAAAGCAAUUGUGUCUACGCUCAAUCCCAGCGAAAAAACUAUGGCAUGAGCAACUUUCAGUAACUUCUUUUGGUGUUCAAAAUUUAACAAAUUUGGAAGUGUACGCAUGCUAUUAUUUGAAGAAUAUAUUUACUUCUGCUAUGGUUGAAAGCUUUGUGCAACUGAAAACACUUAAUAUUGUAGAAUGUGAUGAACUUGAAGAGAUAAUAAUAGUGACGGAAGGAUUAGUAGAAGAAGAAGAAAGGAUGAGGAAAAUGGUGUUUCCUAAAUUAGACCGCUUGAAGCUUAGUGUUCUUCCCAAGCUCAAAAGAUUUGGCUUUGGAAAUCCAAUUGAAUUCCCUUCUCUAACAUAUCUGUACAUAGAAGGAUGUCCUAUUUUGAAUACAGUCCAUUUUGAUUCUACAAGUGUGGGAACAACUGUUGGAAAUGAAGCAGAAAACAGCAGCAUCUCAAUGGAGAACCUCCACUCGGAUAUCUCAAAAUAUCUAUUCAGUGAAAAGUUGGCAUUCCCAAAUCUACAGCAACUUCACCUCGGAUGGGAUGAUGGGAUGAAAGAGAGAUUGCAUGGCCUACGACUUGCAUCGGACUACUUUUGCAAACUAAAAGUUCUCGGACUUGUAGGGUUUCCUCAACAAUUAGCCAUAUUCCCAUCUUUCCUGUUCCAAUUACUAUCCUUACCCAAUCUCGAAAGCCUUCGAAUAGAAGAUUGUUACUUUGAAGAGUUGGUAUUCCAAAGUGAAGGAGUUGGUGGUGAGGAAGGAUUCCAAAAUCUAAGGAUUUUACUUGUGGGAGAGUGUCCCAAAUUAAAAAGUAAUUUAGUUCCAUCCUCAGUAUGUUUCCAGAAUCUGAUGACUCUUACAGUAUAUGGAUGUGAUGGGAUCAUAAAAUUAGUUACACAUUCAACAGCCAAAAGCCUAGUGCAGCUCAGAGAAAUGAGGAUACGGUGUUGUAAAAAGAUAGAAGAAAUAGUAGAAGGUAGCGAUGGGGAUCGUGAUGAAGUGAAGGAUGAAAUCAUUUUCCCCAAACUCAACCUUUUGGAACUGAGUGUGCUAUCAAAUCUAGAAAGCUUCUGCUCAUCAGGGAAUCAUACCUUUGGAUUCCCAUCCUUAGCAACCGUACUUGUGCAUAAAUGCCCAAAGAUGAAGAUGUUCUCUAAGGGAGGGUUAAACGCUCCCAUGUUGCACAAAGUACGAGCAUAUGAGUGGGAAGAUGAAGGGGAUUGGAUUUGGGAAGGAAGCCUUAAUAGCACCAUACGAAAACUGUUCACGGAAAGGAAUCCCAUGGAGGAAAUGCAGUAUUCUAUAGAAGAUCAAGGCAAUCCUUCAAUUUCUAACGCACAAUCAACAUAGUCGAGAAUUCUGAAGAAGAUCAGCUCAAUCCUUCAACUGCCAAGAAACAUAGUAAGUUCUUCAUUUGAAGGUGUUUUCUUCGUCUCAAGUGCAGAAGUGCAAGGGUUCUAAUUCCUAUUUCCUUCACGGCCAGCAUUUAUGUGCCAUGGCAGAGUGAAGUAAACAAUGUAUGUAUUUUGAGACAUCAUUAUUGAUACCUCAUCGUUUGAAAUCAAAUGGUUAUAGAUUUCUUUAUUAUAAUACAAGGGUUCUUUAAAAUGAAAUAAUGGUACUCUUUUUUUUCGUUUCUUUUGAUUGUCAAUUAUCAUAUUACUAAAGGGCAGUGCUGCCAAGCUAUUCUGUCUCUAAAGACAAGUUUAGUCAUGCUGCAUUUGAUCAACCUGUAAAUGGUUGCAGCUUCUUUCUUUUAGUCUUUUAUGUUUCUAUGGUGACUAAUUAUAGCUUGCCAUUUAUUUGAACAACCUUGGAAGAAAUAACAUAUGUACUACUUUUCUAUUUUUAAUGAUCUGGGUGUUGAGAAGUUAUGGAUGACAACAGUUCUGAAGUCAGAGGAUAAGGAGAAAUAUUAUGAAGUUCAGGAUCACAUACUUAUUUUGAGAUUUCAAGGAUUUGCGACUCUCCCUUUUUGGGAAGGUGAUUUUCUGCUGCAUUGAACCAAUGGCAAAUUCUUGAGUCCAUUGGGUGCCCCAAGGUGUGCUGUGCCUACAACAUUUUGUGAAUGGGCAAUUUAUCCAUCCUGAUAUAACCUGUUCCAUUCUACUCGACCCUUGUGCUGAGUUCCAUGCUACCUUAGUGGCACUGUUCAGAAGCAUGAUUUGAUGGCUCAUGGUGAACAAGAGCAUUCAAUGUCAAGGAGGCAGAUGGUACAGGAAAAUUGGGCAUAAUGAAUACCCCUCCUAGUUUUCUCAUACGAUGAGGGCUAAUGCCAAUUAAUCCUACUGAUUGAAUGGAAGAAUGGGAAAGAAUCCAAUCGCCAUUGAAGGUUUAUAAAGUAUUUGCCUCAUGUCAAGUGAAGAAGCUGGUCCUUUUCAAACUUUAGCAAAGGCUUACUAGUUUCAUUUCAUUAAUUGAAAACAUAUACAAGUCAAAACACUUGCAGAAAGCCCAAUGACUGACAACUCAUUGGGAUGGAGCAGUUAUUUCUGAUUUUCAUUUAGGACAUUUUCUAUCAGCAUUGACAUAAACAGAACAACCUAUAGCAAGGAUCUUGGUCCUCUGAAUACACUAUAAGCCAAGAGUUUCCAAGUAUAAGAAACAGAGGGUCGUUGUUCAAGUACAAUGAUUUUUAUCUAUAAUAAGCAUCAAUUUUAAAGUUGGAUUUUUUA